AAGGAAGCUAAAUUUAGGAAAUGAGACAAAAGCACCCUCGGUAUUGCGUUCUUGAGGAUUGAACUUCGGCAGUGGAUGAUGACGUAAAACGAGAACGACAACCAGCUAGAAUGGCGCAUUCACGACCCGCAGAUUUCAUGGUGCAAGAUAUGGAUUCAAAAUCAUCGAAAUGAUCCGCCACAUUUACGCAGUGGCGCUUUUUAUUCUGAUGGUCGAUCUAGCCAAGACAGUUGAUUUACAGCGUCCAGAUGUUAGGACAGUAGGAUCAGAACUACAGUGGAAGUCUGCCAAUGAUGAAAGUGUGCUGUAUUCAGUUCAGUAUAAACUUGGCUCCAAACCAGCUGAAGAAUGGCACAAUAUGUCAAGUCAUAUUGGCACAAAAUUAAAAACAUUAAACAUCACUGCUGAAUUUUAUGGAGCUGUAUUCCGAGUGUGUGCGGAGAAAGGAAACCAGACAUCAGAAUGGCAGAAUUCGAAACCAGUCAAGUGUUUAAAUAUACAGUAUUGUGUUCCUUUGAUACAUCUGACUGUUAAACCUGGAAUGGCUCACCUGUAUAUGGAACAUAUGGACCAGAGCUUGGUGGAUGAAUUUGGAAAUGGAAUUGCCUUUAAUAUAUCUUACUGGAAAGUAGCUAAUGGAGAUCACUCGGAGGUUCAGUUUUAUAUUACAAAUGGCAAUAGUCAACUCUUUCCUAACCUGGAGUCAGGACUGGAGUACUGUUUUCAGGUUCAGUAUUUGUGGUACAAUAAGCCCUAUGGAAAUACCAGCCUCCAAAGAUGUGCAAUUAUCCCAGAAACAGCUGAAGAGAAAAAGAGACGUGAUUUGCUCUUAAGUAUACUAGCCACAGUUUUUGUUUCAGCCGUGUGUGUUUGCUUCAUUUUUGCUUUUUUCAAGAACCACAAAAAGCUUAAACAGUUGUUUCGGCCAUCCCCGGAAAUUCCUGACCACUAUAGAGAGUUUUUAACAGGGGAGUAUUUCCAGCAACUGUAUCGAUGUCCCAGCAGUCAAAGCUUACAGUCAUGUGACAUUAUCACAUUAAUAGAGAACAACAAAAUGGAGCCGAAUGGCCAAGAGGAGGAACAAGCGAGAAGAUCUUGAUUCUGUGUUUGACUCAAAGACUGAUUUUUUUUUUAUAUAGGCAUUUUACAUUCUUCAUUUCAUAUACACUCUCUAUUUUUUUCCCCUUUGUAAUUUCUCAUUUGACAUGAUCAUCAUUUACAGGCCACUAACCAGAUCAUCAUUUACAGGCCACUAACCAGAUCAUCAUUUACAGGCCACUAACCAGUUCAUAGAUGCAGACCUGUCCUUGAUGGUUACUGAUUUCCUUAAUGUCGAGUGAUUGUUCUUAAUGGAAAAGAGGAGAACUUACUAAAGGUUUCACAUGAGCAUUAUGACCUACAGUAUAUUGUUAUAUUUGGAGUCAAGUUUGUUAUUAGUUACUUUAGUCAGCUACUGUAUGUUUCAGGCUUAGAGCACUUUUAACAAUGAAUAUGAGAAUCACUAUUGUUUGUCACAACAGUUUUAGGACAAUGUGAUAAUUUACUAUCUUUCAGUAAUCAGCUUAAGUAAAUGAGGGGUGUAUUACAGGGAUUCGGCUCUAGUGGAUAACUAAAUUCUUGGCCUUUUACUAUUCAAAUAAGUUUAAACAUAUAAGUUCACAAAUCUGCAAAUUUCUUUGUUUCUUUGGACAUUAGUCCUACUACCCGGCUGGCACUGAAAGCAAUUGUCCACACUAUUGGAGCCUCUGAUAUUCCUUCACAAUUAAGUACAGUACAACCCAAGAAAGCAAGUAUCGGUUCAGUAUUACACAUGAGUUACCUUAGUAUUAUUUCAAAUUAAUUUUAAUUAUGAUGGGUGUUGAUUCACUGUUUUUUAAAAACCAGCUCAAGGAGAUGAGUGCAAAGAUUUACAGUUGUGAAUUAGAUGAUACUAAUAAAAAAUACAUCGAA